CCUGCCUCUGGCACGCGCCAUGGAAACAUCUCAAGAGACACGCGAAAGGUAAUGGCGAUCGAAACCUGCCCUGAUUAACCUUAUCGAUACGAUGCGGCGCAGCACAACACACAUCACAUGCAGCUGUUUAGCCUUGUUGCGGCAACCCUCAGCCUGGGCGCUUGUAACUUCGCUGCCUACACGAUGCCACUCUCCUCUCCAACAGCUAGUCCUCACUCGUUUGCUUCCUCGAUCGAUUUCUUCUAGUUAUGGACCCACUCAGCGUCACAGCCAGCAUCAUCGCAGUUCUUCAACUCUCGGCUAAGGUCCUUGGGUACUUAAAUGACGUCAAUAAUGCUUCAAAAGAUCGUGCAAACUGUGCUGUUGAGGCCUCAAACGUACACAGCCUCCUUCUCAGUUUAAGGUUUCGUCUCGAGGAGGGAAGCGCCGAUGCACCGUGGUAUACCGCUGUCCGAGCCCUUGGCGUCGAGAACGGACCGCUCGACCAGUUUAAGCAAGCGCUCGAAGCGCUGCAGACUAAGAUGACCGACGGAGGUCGAUUAAAGAAGGCAGGCGAAGCGCUAGUAUGGAAAUUCAAGAAGGAGGAGAUCACUAGCAUAUUAGAUCGAAUAGAGCGUCUCAAAACGCUAGUGGAGAUUGCGUUGCAAAUAGACCACUUAAAACUGUCCCAAGCUGUUAAAGAUGAUACCCACUUCGUUCGGACUCUCGUGCCCGCCAUACAAUCUGGAGUAGAUAAGAUCCAGCAAGACCAAGCCGACGUAAAGCACGGCAAGAUAAUGGAAUGGAUCUCACCUACUGACUACCCCGCUCAGCAAUCGGACAUCAUAGGUCGCAGACAGGAGGGGACGGGCCAGUGGUUUCUUGAUGCACCCGAGGUUGCAAGGUGGCUCGGCGAGUCGAAGAGCACUCUUUUCUGCCCGGGGAUCCCUGGGGCCGGCAAGACGAUGGUGGCUGCGAUUGCAAUUAAUCACCUCUUACAUUGGGUGCAGAACAGCCUGGUCGGAGUUGCGUACGUGUACUAUAACUACAAAGCACAGGAAGCGCAGGACGCCUCAAGCAUGUUGGCAGCCGUUGUCAAGCAGCUGGUGCAGGCCCAACCGUCGGCAGCGGGGCCUGUAGAGCGAUUGUAUAAGCAACAUGCCAACCAAGGGACAAAGCCAUCGCUUAAGGAAGUUUUCAGCGCCGUCCAAGAAGUAGUUGCAAAGUAUUCAAUUGUCUAUAUCGUGGUCGAUGCUCUGGAUGAGUGUCGAACUAGCGACGGCACUCGCACCCAAUUUCUGGCCAGACUUCGGGAGCUACAAGCGGGACGAGACGUUCGCCUCAUGGCCACUGCGCGGUUUAUACCUGAGAUUGAGGCUGAAUUUCAAACAGCAGAGAAGCUAGAAAUACGAGCUAGCGAUGAGGAUGUGAGACGAUUCGUGGCCGGCCAGACGCACCGAUUGCCUAGAUGCAUUCAGCGUGACCCUGUGCUGCAGAGAAUGGUGGAAGAGAAGAUCCUGGACAGAGUAGACGGUUUCUUCUUGCUCGCCUACACAUCGAUUCUUUGUUAGAUAAGACAACGGCGAGACAGGUUAAGACGACGCUAAAAACCCUCUUAAAAGGCUCAGCCGCACUCGAUAAUGCAUAUAAGGACGCUUUACAGAGAAUUAAGGCCCAGUUAGGCGGCCACUACGAACUGGCUAAGAAAGCCCUGUCAUGGAUUACGUAUGCGAAGAGGCCGCUUACCACAGCUGAGCUAUGCUGUGCUCUAGCAAUAGAGCCAAAGGAAACAGAGCU